AUGAUGCUCACAUUCCUCCCACCCUCCGACACUGACGUGCUCGUGGUUCUGCGUGACAUCCAGGGUAGCAUCAACUCCCUCGGCUCCUCCGGCGGGGGCGCGCGAUUGACAAACAGCUCCUCUGGGGGCUCCGCGGGUCCCCGAGCUCUACCUGCGAGGGCGUCGGCAGUGGGCAAGCUCCGGGAGUUGGAGGAGAAGUUGACCCGAAACGGAACCGGGGUAGACGCCGUAGCGGCGGAGAUCAAGGACUCGGGCAAGUCCAGCGGAAACAUGCAGUGGCUGCUAGUCGGGAUCUGGGUUGUCUUCUACUUCUUCGUCAACAACGGUGGUUCGUAGGGAGUUGGGGGGGGGGGG